AUUAGAUAAUUAGUACGAUGGGGUUGACGUAUUCAUUUGGAUAAAAACCCCUUAAAUAAUAAAGAAAAAAAAAGAAUAUACAUAAUAAUAGUAAUUAAGAAUAAUAAUGGACUCACGUAGUUUAAGUUUAAUUUUAAGAAAACGAGCAUUCAAACGCAGAGCUCAUUAUGUUGAUUUUUGAAGAGUUCCCUAGAAUAUCUUCCACAUCUCAUUUUUUAAGAGAUCCCGCGAGAUCGGGAACUAUGUCGUUAAAACCAAACAUUUGCCGGAAGUCACUAUUCUACGCGAACGAAGUCGCGGGCAAAAGCUAUUUAUUAUUAAAUAUAGAGAUAUCGGCUGCUUUUGUGGUGACUUAAGAGGUCAGUGAAUGUUUUUCACCAAAGUCACAUUCACUUGUACUUAGUUCGGAUAACAUAAAUAACUCGUCUGAAAUUCGCCCCUCAAGUUCAAAAAGUUUAUCGACAUGUGUUGAAGAAAUCCCCCAAAACGUUAAAGAGAAGUACGAUAUAGAAACUGACACUUGUUCAUCUCUGAAACCUACUAUAGAAAUGUAUUUGGAACCAAAUAUCAAAAUAAAUAAUUUGACUUCAAAAGAUUAUAAAAUUGAGCAAGAGCCGGACGAGGGACUCAAAAAAGUGAUAAGAGCCAAUCCGUAAAAAAUUGAACGUAAGAAAAAAGUACUGUCACAAAAUUUUACAAACAGUUUACAAGACUAUCUCAUACUCUAUUGAAUGCAUAUUUUUUUAUUGUACAUUAUAGAUAACUUUUAAAAAAUUUAAUAAUGGAGUCCAUUGUUGUUAAUUUAACCGAAUAAAAAUUUAAAAUAAGAAGCAAAAACGAACAUUUUAGCGUGUCACACCUCCUGUCACUAACUUUAAUUAACCGAAGUUCAAGGUUUUUUAUACAUACUUCAGCGUUUUUUGGGCGCUUUUGAAGAAUAUUGCUUUUUCUUAAUUAUAAUAUUAAUUUUACUUAUUAAUUUUAUGGUAUUACAACAAAAUUCAUGAAAUUAAAUGAUAAUCAAAUUAGCACCAAGGUGGACAUUCCACUUUUGUCACUACGGUUUUAUUUGCUUUCCGUUUUAAAAAACUACCAAAACAAGUUUUUUUAUUAUAGUGGUAACAUUAUUGUAGUAGAUCAGCCAUUUAUUUUUACCCAUCGUACAGUUGUGACGCAGUGAUCGGUGACGAAAGCCGUGUUGUUAAUUACGUAGUCGAUUAAGGAAUCCACUAUAGUCACAGCUAUAACGUGAUACCGGUAAGUUCUUAAAAUAUUCUUUUAUUUGUAAAUUAUGCCUAAUGUAAGUAUGUAUCUCGUGAAAUAAUGAUUUCCUCUAAAAUAACAAAGAAUAUUGAGUGUUGUCGUCAUUAUUAUGAGUAAGCGGAGUUCGUCACGUCCAUUUAGUGUCGUGACAUAUUAGUGGAACAAUAAUUGUGACGAAAUGGACACAUAAGGCUUAGUUUACGUGAUGCAUGUUUUACCGACAACAACUAAGAUGAGGUUACAUGUUUCUGUUAAAUAAUAUUAAGCAUAAUAGAUGGUCUAUCUUUUGACUGUCUUAGUUAACUGAUUUAUUUACGAAACCGAUUGGCUUACAUUAUUGUAGGUAUAAUUCUAAAAACUAUAAGCAUUUAAUUUAAUAAAUAAUAGUCAAUUAGGAUUUACAUAUUUUUUUUGUAUUUGUAUAUUUCCCUUUCAGAGUCACUACGCGAACUUACAAUAAUGGGAAUAUUGGUGGAUAUUGACAAAGUUUUAUCUAUUAAUGAUCUUAUAAAAUGCCUUGAUGAUGGACUUCAAUGGCCUUGGGAAAAAACUCAUUUUAUUUUGGCAAAAAAGUGUCUUGUAUGCAAAAACACAGUUGAUGCUGAAGGUUUACGAUUGAUACAUUUCUCUUUAGCUAUGAAUAGACAAGAUAUACAGUUUUUAUUGAAAUUGCCAUAUAUUUGGUGUACUUAUUGCAACUCUUGUCUUUACGAUCACUAUCCAACCGAUGAAUGCGAAUUUUGCCACUCGUUAUAAAUGAAAACUUUACAAAAUCAAUAUGUAAGUAGGUAGGUACAUAAAUUCAGUUUAUUUAAGGAAAAUUAAAGUGUUUCAUUUGAAUUUGUUAUAUCGUAAGUUGUGUUGUGACCAACAAUUAUUUUAAUGAUUUUGAAGAAAGGUUUACACAACGAAACUUAAAGUCGCAAGUACUUAAUCAAGGCUUAGAUUAUUUUGUAUAGGAAAGCCUCUCGCUAGAUUAUGUAAGAGAUGGUCAGACAUCCACGAGUCAUCCAUGGCAAAAGUAUAGAUUAACCGGAAGUCGGUCAAUGCAUGGCUUUAAAUUUAAAAUAGUGUAUCGGUUGACUUUGUGAUAGCCAUUCAUAGUCAUUGAUGAAAAGUUUAUAAAUUAUAUUCCUUGUUGUUCCAGUUUAUUUUUUAUAUGAUGGCCCUAACACCUGCUGAACGGGCUAAACGAUACCGUGAAAAUCUGAAAUUAAAUAAAGAAAAAUAUGAGGCACAGAGAAAGAAACAAAUAGAACGAGUUAAGAAGAGCCAAAAGAAAAUAAGGGAGUUGAGCGAUCGGGAAAAAGAGGAGCGAAGAAAAAUUUGGAGAGAACAGAAAAAAAAGCAAAGGGAUGCCAAAAAACAAGCUGUAGAGGUAGUCGUACCUUUAACAAGUCAAAAUCAAAGAACGGUUGACUUAGGCUCGUCGAAAAAAUAUCGAUACAUCGAUAUAUCGAUAUUAUUUUUUCAAUGUAUCGAUAUUUUUGAGCGAUAUUUAAUGUUUCGAUGUAUCGAGGUAUCGAUAUAAAAUUAAAAGUAUUGAAAAGGUAUAAAAAUCGAUAUUUUUUAUAAUUAAAAAAUCCUAAAAAAGAAUACUUUUUUUAUAUUAACAUUUUUUAACAAAUUACAUUUUUUUUGCCUUUGGUCGACUCGAUUUACUGCGUUUUAAUUUGGUACUUAAGUUGGCUUUUAAGUUGGCAACUCUGUCUGUCUGUGUCAAUGUCAUUUCAGUGUCAGUGUCUGUGCUUCAACUAUCCGUCUGUUAUCCGUAUUAUAACCUCAACGCGAGCGUAUUUCUGCCUACAUUUGAGUUGAUUAUAGUUCUCAAACAAUCUAACUAAUUAAAUCAAUAAUUAAUUCACGUAUGUGAACAAAAUAAUUCGAGCAUUCCAGUCAUGUCUAGUGUUGUAUGGAACUUUUUCAAAAAAAUAGACAGACAAAACGUUUCCUGUAAUGUGUGUGGGAAAAUAUAUAAAACCAGUGGCAAUACGACGAAUUUAUCUACACAUCUUAAAAAUAAGCAUCACCAUGCGUUUUUGCAACUUAAAAAUAAAAACUCAAGGUCAAGUGAAGUGAAUAUUACACCAAGAACAAGAACUAGUUCACCUGUUUCGUCUACUAAUUCAACUAUUACCAAUACUAAUAAACCUGCUGAGAUAGAAAAUAACUUCAUGGAAUUGUCUGAAAUUGCGAUUGACGAUGAUACUGGUACUGAAUCCUCCAAAGAUGGUCAGAGUAAAGACUUGUGGAAACAGACUACACUCAUAGAUAUGUUUGAAAGAAGUUCAAGCUAUGAAGCAGGGGGUCAUAAAACUAGCCAAAUAAAUCAAGCUUUGAUGUACAUGAUUUGCAAAGACAACAUGCCUCUAUCUUGUGUAGAAAAAUCAGGAUUGAAAAGAUUUAUGAGCGUCAUUUGUCCACGCUAUAAAAUUCCAUCACGAACUACUAUAACUGGCCUCAUGGAACAACGAUACGCCACUACCAAAGCCAUUUUAAAACAAAAAUUAAGUGAGAUAAAUAAUGUUGCUUUAACAAGUGAUAUAUUAACUCUUACUAACUCGACACGAAGUUUCAUCGUAGUGACAGCACAUUUUCUUAACACAGCUAAUAACUGCACUCCUGAGCAUGAGAUGGUGACAUUGACAGCACGAAGAAUGUAUCAGGCGCACACAGCUGAUUAUAUAAAAGAAUGCUUUGAAAAUAUUACCGACGAGUUUGCAAUAGAAAAGGAUUGCAUCUUAUCAAUUACCACUGAUGGUGGUGCUAACAUGGUUGCUGCAGUGAAGAAAUUUUUGGAAGAUGGAAAAAGAAUUCCUUGCAUGGCGCAUUUGCUGAAUUUAAUAGUGGAUGGCGCAACAAGAGAUAAUGCACCAGUUCUUCAAAUUGCCAAUCGUGUCAAAGCCAUUGUUACAUAUUUUAAACAAUCUGUGAACGCAAUGGAUGAUUUGCGAGCAGAACAAGAGGGACAAAAGAAAGAGGGAGAAGUGUUAACACUUAUACAAUCAGUAAGCACAAGGUGGAAUUCUUGUCUUGAUAUGUUGGAAAGAUUCAAUACAUUAUCAGCUAUUGUGGCUAAGAUUUUAGCAACUAGGCGGAAUGCACCUGAUAUGAUAACUUCUUCAGAGUUAAGUGUCAUACGAGAUCUGAUAAUAUUGCUUACCCCAUUUAAGCAAGCUACUGAAGAAAUUAGCGGCGAUCAGUACGUGACUUCUAGUUUGGCGAUUCCCAUUGCAAACUUACUUCAGAAAGGAUUUGAAGAAGUAAAACCUUUCACCGAAUUUGGUGUUGCUGUUCAGAAGAGUUUGCUAAACUUAGUUAUUGCCAAACUAGAACCACUAGAGCGACAUUUACAUCUUGCUAUAGCAACAAUUUUAGACCCUCGCUUUAAGCGUAUUCAUUUUAAUUCAGCACUAGCUGUUUCCACUGCAAUAACUGCAUUGUCAAAAGAAAUACGUUUAGAACAUGUCCUCUACGUCUAUACGUAGAGGACAACUUUCGCCUGAACUCAGACCCACAACCACAACCACUACCAUAAUUCCAAAUUCAGAAAAUUCUUCGCCGUCGUUGUGGUCCGGACAUGAAAAAAUUAUGAUAGAUAUUGCUGCAGCUGCAGCAACCUCCAGUUUACUUUCAACCAAGUGAUGGUAUGCCUAGCGAACUAAAGCAAUAUCUAGAUCAGCCUGUAAUACCCAGAAAAGAGAAUCCUACAAAAUUCUGGUUUGAUUGUCGUCAUUUUACUCCAGUCCUUUCCGACAUAGCUCUAAAGUAUUUGAUAUCGCCUGCGUCCUCGGUUUCCUCAGAGAGAGUGGCAUCUGCUGUAAAUCUUGCAGUACCCAAUAACUGAAGUCGGCUUACAGCCGAGCAUGUCAAUCAAAGAGUUUUUCUUAUGUCUGUAUCGGAUAAAUAUUGGUUUGAUUAAUAAAUAAUUAAUAUUUUUUAUUGUUGUCCUUGAUUUAAAAAAUUUAAAAAUGAUGUCUAUUGAUUAGUAUUUAUCUAGUAAUGUAAGAUGAUUGAAGUAGAUUAGGCCAAAUAUUUUUUUCCCUAUCACACCGAUAUAUCGAUAUAUCGAUAUUUUUGAAUAAAAAUAUCAAUAUCGAUAUUGAUAUAUUCAAAAAUUAUCGAUACAAUAUAUAUCGAUACUUUAUUGCAUUUCCGACAUCCCUAGGUUGACUAUUUAUUUAUUUAUUUAUUUAUUUGAAUAGAACGGUACAAGCCAAUAACACUAAAUACCUUACAAAAAUUUAAAAAUAUAAAAUUCAGAAAAUUAAUAUAAAUAUUAAUUAUUAAAUAUUCAUUCAUCCAUCUCUUUCGCAAAACUUCAAACAUUCCGACAAAAAUAAUCUUCUUUCACUCGAAAACACGUCACACUCUGGCUUUGAAUCCAGGAAUCGGUUUAAAAGUUUCAUAGUGUGUUUACUAUAAAAGAAAAUAUAGUAACUUAGCUAAUAAGUACAAAACUGUUGUAAAACAAUUAAAAAAACUAAGAACCCUCAAUGCAAAUUUACGUAAAACUUUAAGUCGAACCAAAGAAAAAUACCAGAAAGAAAUCAAUCUAAAAACAGAAGAAAAUGAUAAGCUGAAAGUGAGACAUGAACUGCUAGAAGUAUCAUUAGGCGAGAAAUAUAAAGACUGUAAAACACACGAACAAAAAAAGAUAUUGCGUUCGAUUGGAAUGUCUAAGAGUGUUCUCCAAAAAAGAGGAUCAAAGGCACUGGUAUCAAAGUGUUUAGGGCUUAAAGGUAGCAUUAGAUUUACCAGCAAUAGAAAAUAUAAUAUAAGCAAGAACAUAGAAGAAGAAAUUGAAGUUUUUUACAACCGGGAUGAAAUUAGCAGAUCUACAUCCGGAAAGGGUGAGUGCAAAACAAAAUGUAAGAAAAAGAUGCAAAUACGGUAUUUAACCGAUACUUUAAUUAACCUAUACCAAAUAUAUAAAAGCGAAGGAGGGAAAUAUAGUUUGUCAACGUUUUGUAAAUACAAACCGUUUUAUGUCUUGUCACCGACACGUGCUUCGCGGGACACGUGUCUAUGUGUGAAACACAGUAAUUUUGAAUAUUUAGUAACAGCUCUAAAAAAAUAUACUUUUCCUGCUGUUGUAUUCAAGGGAACCAAAGAUCUCAUAGAAUUAACUUCUUGUGACAUAAAGUCAUUUAAAUGUAUGUACGGUUUGUGUGAUAAAUGCAAAAAUAAAAAUAAUAGUUUGAAACUAAUAAUAUCUACACUGAAGUCGAAUGGUGGCAGUGGAAGCGCGCAAACACAACUUAUAAAAAAAACAAUAAUGACAUCACAGCCAAAGUAACAAAAAGAGUAAAAAUAACAGGUACAUUACAGGACUUAAUAUGCGAGUAUCUAAAACAAUUUCCUUUAUUCAAAAAGCAUUUUUUUAACUUUCAAGAGCAACAGCGUCAAUACAGAAUGUGUGUUGAAAAUUUGAAACCAUUUGAAUGCGCAAUUCUGAUGGACUUUUCGGAAAACUACGACUGUAAGUUGUCAGAAGAAAUUCAGGCACUUCAUUUCGGUGGAUCAAAAAAUUCGAUAACCCUUCAUACAGGUAUGAUUUACACGCACACACGAUGUCAAUCUUUUGUGACGUUAUCAGACAGCAACUGCCAUGAACCCCACGCCAUUUGGGCACACCUUAUUCCAAUUAUUAAGUUAACCAAACAAAUGUGUCCAGAAUUAUCAGUUAUCCAUUUUUUUUCGGACGGCCCAACCAGCCAAUAACGGCAAAAAAAAAAUUUCUUCCUGCUUAACCUCUUUACCACAAAGCUGAAUCUUUCUCUUACGACUUGGUCUUUUUCAGAAAGUGGGCAUGGAAAAGGGGUAGCCGAUGGCAUUGGGGGUGCCACUAAGAGCAUUAGAUAGGCGUGUUUACUAUGGGCACGAUAUUGUCAAUGCUACUGAUGCAUUUAACAAUUUAAAAACGUGCAUGAAGUCAGUAAAGCCGUUUCUCAUAAACAACUCUGAUAUUGACAAUAUUAAAACUUUGGUGCCGAGUAACUUAAAGGCUAUUGUAGGCUUAAUAAUAGCAUACCUCUUGAUGUGAAUACUGUCGAUAUUGAUGAUUUGACAUUCAUUGUGAAUGAAAACGACGAGAACCUUCCUACAAACAAACCAGACACCAAGGAUUCAUGGCAGCUUAUUACCUCUGAAAAUGACUAAGUACCCACUUCGUCGCAUACUGAGAUAGGUUUACAUGAAAAUUAUGGUGUGUAUAUUAAACACCACGCACG